AUGUUUCGGAUCAGACUGGUCUCGCAAGGCUUAAGGCAAGUGACUCGUCUGGCACGCGCGAUGAGUGUCAUUCCGACAGAGUAUGACUAUCUGGUUAUAGGCGCUGGUAGUGGUGGUAUGGCUAGUGCUCGUCGCGCCGCCAGUUACCCAGGAAUACGCGUUGCAGUCGUGGAGCAGGCACGAUUGGGCGGAACUUGUGUCAAUGUGGGCUGCGUACCUAAGAAGCUUAUGUUCCUUGCUGCAGACAUGAGCCACAAAUUACAGCAUGAUUUUCUACAUUAUGGCUUUGAGGAUAAGACAACGGGCGAUCAUCUGGGCAAGCGAAUGUACUUUGACUGGGCAAAACUUAAGGCUCGUCGUGACGCCUACGUGUUGCGUCUCAACAAAAUCUACGAAAGAAACUUGGCGAAUUCCAAGGUAGACUUGAUCCGAGGAUCGGCAAAGUUUAAUGAGAAAGGGAAUGUAGAGGUUGACGGAAAGGAGGUGUUGGCCAAGAAUGUAUUGAUUGCAGUCGGAGGCAAACCUUUGAUCCCUGAUAUCCCAGGCAAGGAGUUGUGCAUUGACUCAGACGGAUUCUUUGAGUUGAAUACACUGCCGAAGAAAGUGGCAGUUGUUGGCGCGGGGUACAUUGCUGUUGAGCUAGCUGGCGUACUGAAUGGGUUGGGAUCAGAUACCUCGAUUUUCUGCCGUAACGAAGGUGUGCUCCGCACGUUUGAUGAUAUUGUGCGCACUACGCUGGAGGACGCCAUGACGAACGAUGGUAUUCAUUUGCGGCCCUACAGCAACGUUGCUCGUGUAAAGUUGGAAAAUGAUAGUACCAAGACCUUGGUGCUGACCGACGGCUCGGAGCACCGUAAUUACGACGUCGUGAUCUACGCUGCUGGUCGUGUUCCCCUGACAUCUAACCUCGAUCUUCACAAGGCGGGCAUCACGACGGAUAAACACGGCUUUAUUCAAGUGACCGAGUUCCAGGAGACAUCUAACAGCAAAGUGUUUGCUGUGGGUGAUGUGUGUGGCACCCCUGCGCUAACACCAGUCGCUAUUGCAGCUGGAAGGAGGCUCUCGGACCGUUUGUUUGGAGGUAUAAAGGAUGCCAAAGUCUCGUACGAGAACAUUCCUACAGUCGUGUUCAGCCACCCACCAAUUGGAACGAUCGGCCUAACCGAGAAGCAGGCUCGACACGAGUAUGGCGACGACAACAUCAAGGUUUACAAAAGUCACUUUGUGAACAUGUACUACGGCCUGAUCAACGAGGUUAAUGCGGAGACUGGUGAGCCAAAGGACAAGCCCAAAACUGCCAUGAAACUCGUGUGUGCUGGUAAGAAAGAGAAGGUGAUGGGUUUGCACAUAAUUGGUAUGGCUGCCGACGAGAUGCUGCAGGGUUUUGGUGUGGCGGUAAAGAUGGGCGCUACCAAGGUCGAUUUUGACAACUGUAUUGCGAUCCACCCCACUGCUGGCGAGGAGCUUGUGACCUUGGCACCUUGGGGCCUCAGCAAGCGUGAAUAA